CUUGCCUCAGUGUCACGUGGGCAGCGAGGAGGGGUGCACCACGUGUCUCGGCGGGCGUGGCACUCUUCCUUGCCAACACCCUGCACGCCUAUACCCCCUGGCACCCCCUGUGGUAUAGUGGCACCGCCUUGGAUCACGUGGCAUCUUCCAGACCUCACGCAUUCCCCUUGGCACUGUAGUAGGGAGUGGCACCCUUGCUCCAGUGCCACCAUCACGCCCUAGGCAUCAUGGUAUCUGGGAGGCCACGUGUUCCCCCUCCAGCACGCUGCCAUGUCAACCACCAGCGCCAUCAGCCCCUCCAGCAGCAUCCAGCCUGAGAUAACGUUCCGCUGGUGCCGGACUGUGCGGUGCCAGGCGCGGGAGGUGUGGUUGGUGCUGACCUCCGUGACGGGCACGCAGGUGUGCCUCACCUGGCAGCAACACCUUGGCUGGUACGAGGCCCCGCCCACACCCGUGCCCUGCGGCCUGCACACAGGAUUCAUCCACGUCAGGGGCAAGGGUGAGCGGGAGUGGCCGGUGGACGCGUUCCACGUGUCUCCACACCGGGCUGCAGUGGAGCUGUUUGUGGCGGGAGACCCGGCAGGCGCCUUCCUGGGCCACGUCCCGGACCUGCGGCGCCGCUACCUGCACCCCUCGCCCAACGCCCGCCGCUGGGUGUCCUCCACCGCGCUCCCCAGCGGAGCGGGCCCUUCCCCGCCGCCCUCUGCUCGUGAUGAGUGGGGCGACGCUCCCCGGGUCAGAUCGGGGCGGGGUGGCUUGACCCGCGGGGGAGCUUCGGCGUCCCUCGGGGACCUCCGCCCCCUGCCGGCCGCCACCCCGUCCCCCGCCUUCUCCCGGGCCUUCCGCGUGGCGGCUGAUCUGUCCCGCACCAGUUCACGCCUGCUGGCCGGCCUGUCCUCCGGCAGCAGCGGUGUGUGUGUGGCUGGCGACGAGGCCAGCACCCCGCCCCACCACGGCAUCCACCACCUCCUGCACCACCACCCAUCCUCUUCCACCUCGCCCUCACCGGACUCCGAGGACGCCGUCAGCGAACCCCGUGACAGAGUGUCCCGUAGGCGGCGGCGACGAGUGCAGGGUGAGGUGUCCUGUGAGGAGGUGGAGGUGGAGGCCGCGCUGUCUGCAGCCCGCACGUCCUCGCUGCGCACCGAGGCGGCAUUGCUGCGGCUGGACGCGCUGGCGCAGGAGCGGCGCGUGGCGCGGCUGCUGGCACAGUCAGAGUCUGACUCAGACUUCGAAGAGGAAGAGGAGGAGGCAGGUGUUGGUAGUGGGGACGGCGGCGGCGGCGGUGGUGGUGGUGGGCGGGGUCGCGGUGGCGGGGGUCAGUACGGGUGCGUCAUCACCUUCGAGAGUCGCAGCUCGAGCUUGCAGGACGUGGGCUCCCCGCGCGCUCUUGAGGACGCCCUGGUGUCCCUCACCUCCACGGACAGCCACCCAGAGUUCACUUUUGAGGGCAGCCGCUCCUCGGGGCCGCCCUCUCUCAGUGGGCAGGCUGCUGGGGUGCGGGUGAUCCUGGAGCCGCCCACUCCCGCCCCGCGGCGCCAGGCCUGGACCGCCUCAGCCUCGCCGGACCUGGCAGAGGACGACAACUUCCUGUACGAGUCCCUGAGCCACGACGAACAGCGCGUGCCGCUCCUUCUCGCUGGCUUGGACAGCGAGGACUCCAUGGACUCCCCGCGCCGCCGCCCCGCACCGCCCUCGCCGACUCCAUCGCCACUUUCCCCACCACGUCCCUCACCGCCAGACAGCGCAGCCAGCGGCACCAGCGGUCACUAUUCCCCACACGCCGUGUCGCCCCCCUCACCCUUCCCGCUGGAGUCAGACGAUGCUCAGUCUCCGCCCCUGGUGUCCCUAGAGAGCUACGAGCCCACCGUACGGGAGGUGGUGGCGGUGCCACCGCCGCAGGAGCUACGCGCUGCCGACCACGGUGUUCUCAAGGCGAACACUCCUGCGGUGACGGCGGAGACGGAAUCAGCCGCGGCUGACGGUAGCACCCAGGCGGUGGGGCGGGGCGCGGCGCUGGUGGACUCCGGUGAGGACAACGAUGACGACGAUGGUGCUGACGCCACGGCGAAGGACGAAGCCACCAUCGCCAUCACCACCACGACGAACCAGCCACACCACGACACCACCACGACACUGCCAUCUACAGAACAACAGUGGGACUCCACCACCACCACCACCACCACCACCACCAUGGAAGCAGCUACUGAUCACCGAGGUGCCGCUGCCACGUCCCCAGCAGAUGGGGAAGGCGACCACGUUACUACCACACCACAACCACCCACUGAUGGCCGCGACACCACCACUACCACUAUGGUGCCACUUGACCCCCCAGCAGGCAGUGGAGGCGCGGAUCUUGGCCACGGAGGAGGAGGAGGAAAAAGUGAAAAUGGAGAAGAACAAAAGGAAAGAAGAGGAAGACAGAGUGGAAGUGAAGAUGGAGGUGGAGGAAGGGGAGGCGGAAGAGAUGGCCAGGGAGGAGGAGGAGGAGGAGGAAGGGAAUCUCGGCACAGCGGUGCUCGAGCCGGCAGGAGAGGCGGCGAGCACCUGGGCGUGCACAACGCCUUCACGCAGACCCCCGCCAUCCCCAGGACCUCCCAGGGCACCUCCACCACCACGGCGCGGGGCACGCCUGCUGAUCGCCACGCCACAGAGCGCGACACGCCUGCUGACCGGCACACCACGGCACGGGGCACGCCUGCUGAUCGCCACGCCACAGAGCGAGACACGCCUGCUGACCGGCACACCACGGCACGGGGUACGCCUGCUGAUCGCCACGCCACAGAGCGAGACACGCCUGCUGACCGGCACACCACGGCACGGGGCGCGCCUCCUGAGAGCCAUAGCAUAGCACGGAUCACGCCUGCUGAGCGGCAUACUACGAUUCGGAGUACACCCGCUGAUUGGCACACCACGGCCUCCCCCUCUGCCUCCCCGCCGCGCAGCCCCACCAGGCACCCGCGGCCCAGACCCAGGGUACACGAGGCAUCCUACACGCCCCUGCCAGACCGCCUUAGUGGACCGUGGAGUCAAAGAUCGCGCCUCACGCCCGCCCCUCCAGCCUUCCUCAGCCACUCCCCAGCACGCUCUGUCCUCGCCACGCUGCAGCAGAGCCUCUACACCAAGAUCCUUCAGAGGGCGUCGCCGCAGGACACCACACAGAUGCUGCACAGCUCCCUGCGUCUGAGGGACCACGCUCCGCCACACCACAAUCACCAUCACCACCUCUACCACACACUGCCACACUACCAAUACAAACGGCCCCCACCGCCCUCCCCGCCCGCCUCGCCGCCACGCCCCUACAGACACCCUGUGCUGAGGCCAGAGUCCGUGCUGUCCUCCUCCUGCCUCGCCUCCGCCACGCAGCACCACCUGGGAGGCAGCACCGGGGACAUCCAGGGCCACCACCACCACUCAGCACACUCAUACAUCCCUGCACCCCGAAACACACACCAGCACCCCAGAACACUCCUCCAACAUCCCUCUGUUUGCAGCCUGAGGGAGCGGCGGUGGUCCUCGUGGCGCGGCGGUGUGGAGGACAGUGACAGCGGAGGCUCCACGGACUCACUCAUCGACGAGGCGGAGAACAUGACAACUUCUGCUUCGGCCCCGCUUGAUUUCUUCAUUGGGCCUCGCACUUAUGAGUUAAGUGAGGAGCGGCGGUACAGGAGGCGGUACAAGAGACAGACAAGGCGGCGCACUCGCUCUCACCAAGGCAUCUUCACCUCGCUACGGACCGACACCACCGCCACCGCCGCCUCCGCCACCGUCCCGCCAGGUGGAGGGGCAGGGCGUCCUUACCUACCCUACCGCGGCGACCAGCUCAGCCCCGGCCAGCAGGUGAAGGUUCUGGCACCAGGCGGGGGCGUGGCGGUAGCUCGGGUGGUCACCUAUCAGCGUGGGGGCCAGACUGCCAAGAUUCAUCACCACCACCACCACCUCGAGGCUGAUGACACAGUGACGGUGGUGUUGAUGUGUGAGCCUAACAGAUUGCAAGGGAGUGUGGUUACAGUGCCACUGGAGAAGGUGCUACUUGCCUGGCCCAGACCUUAGACACCACCACCACCACCACCACCACCACCACCACCACCACCCUCUGUGCCUUCCAGUGGGCAUCCUUGCAAGUGCCACCAGGAUGCCCCAGUACCCAAGCCGUCCAGUGCCAGUGCCAGAAUGUUAUGUAGGCACCAAGGGAUCAUUUAUCUGCCUUAUGGUGCUGUGUUCAUGUUAAGGUGUAGGUGAGGCCCUGUAUGUGAUCCUCUAGGGAAGAUGGAAGAGUGGGUGUAUCUAGAAUAUCCCUAGAUCUUGGCUGGUGUGUUAGGAAGCAUGUGUACCAAACCAGUGUCUUUAAAAAUGUCCAUAGAUCUCAUAGACAAAAUUCAGCCUUUACACUUGAGACUGAAAUAUCCCUGGAUUGUAAUAUCAGACCUUUAUGUAAUGUUUCUAGUGUCCCUAAUCCCUUCAGUACUGGGAUGCAUUUUACCUUGAGUUUUUGGGUACAAUUAGAAUAUUCUAUUACAUUAGGGUCUAUGCAUGUCAAAAGAUUAACAGCCACAGUCUUCACUAUUCUAAUCCACCCCACAUAAGUUUCUGAAGCUGUAUAAAGUCAGCAAGUAGUAAGCAGAAUGAAUAUGGAAAUGCAUCCUGGUACUGAAGGGGUUAAAAGAGUCCCUGAAUCUCAUAGACAAAACUCAACCUUUAGAUUCAGAGUUGCUUGAGACUAAAAUAUCUCUGGGUCACGAUAUCAGACUUGUAUUUAAAUCUGUAAUACUUCUAGUGACCUUAACCCCUUCAGUAUUGAGAUGCAUUUCUACCUUGAUUUUGGGGUGUGAUUAGGUUUUUUAAUGCAUUAGGAAGGGUCUAUGAAGGUCAAAAGAUUAAUGGCCAGUCAUUACUAUUUUAAUCCCAACAUAUGUUUCUGAACCUGUAUAAAAUCACCAAAUAGUAACCACAAUGAAUAUGAAAAUGCAUCCCAGUACUGAAGAGAUUAAGAAGGUCUGAGCUGGUCAUGAACAAAAGUGGUGUCUGGCAGAAGAAUGAGGUGUGUUGUGCUCCUUUAUGUCCCUGGGUCAAAAUAGGUGUUAUAUUCAUCAACUUCUCCAGGGUCGAUCAGGGAUAAAUAGCCCCUAGGGAACUUUAAGGGCAUCUCGAAUACCAGUUUAGUUAUACAGCGCUAAGGAGAGAGCUAUUUCCCGGUGCCCUUAUAAUCCCCAUAGCUUUAUCACAGAACAAACUCAGAGGGAAGUAACAGGGUAGGUAGUGUGUCAUGUGCUGUCCAGUGGGUGCAGAAAUGUCCACAAGCCAAAGUGAGAUAGACAAACAGGUUCUAAGGUCAAUAUAUGUUAUUACUCACUCCCUCAGUCAGAACAGGGUAUGACAGUUAGCCUUUAGGGACAAUUGUGUGCUUUCCAGUGCAAAUCUUGAGUGUUGUGAGUUACUGAGAUGUUGGCAGGAGGUUCUAUAUGUUGCUUAGUGUCUCUUUGUGUUGAAGUGUUGUGCUGGAGGUUAAUUUAGGGCCAAAACAACAGGUGCUAGGAGGAAGUGAGAGGGUUGGAAGACCGGUUUUAUUUCUGCAUUAGUAGGAAGGAAAGGAAGGGAAAAAGGGAAGCUGCAGUUAAAAGAAAGAUUAGUGAUAAGAGAAUAGAAGAUGAAGAUAAAAGAAUACAAGUUAAAGAUGAAAGGAAAGAACAUGAAAGAGAGGAGGUUGUAAAAAGGAAAUUAGCUAAGAGGAAAGAAAUCAAAGUUAUGAAGGAGGUUGUGUCUAGUCAAACAGGGCGUCUAGCAAAUAGCAGAACAUUCAUACUUAAGCCAACAGAGGAUGAGCAAGGCAUCUGAAGCAGUGAAGAAUAUGGCAGAAGUGAAGGAAGUCAAGGCUAGAGAAGAACAUUGAUUCCUUUGUUGCUAUUUGUCACACGAUUCCGUCGUCACAAACACUGAUAUUUGUUUCCACAGAUAGAAGUGAGGGUGGUGAGGUCAGCUGUUCAUGUUCAGCUCCCAAGCGUUAUGUUGUUAUUCUGGAAGCUUAUCAAGACAUUUAUUGACUGGCAUUUGUGUUCAUGUAUCAUUUUGUGUGCAUUCUUUUCAGUAUUAACUUCUAUUUUUCCUUUUUUUUUUUUUUUCUUUUCCUAUAUUCUUAUUUCAAUACCUUGCCACAACAUUUAUUGAUAGGCAUUUAUAUUUAUCAAUUUUCUGCAUUUAUUUUCAAUGUCUACUUUUAUUUUGGUAUUUUUCCUUCUUAUUCCAAUCUCUCUCUCUCUCUCUCUCUCUCUCUCUCUCUCAUACAUUCUGUUAUUCCAAUACCUUAAGACAUUUACUGAUAAGCAUUUAUAUUUACUACCAUUACCUGUACAUUUUAGUAUUUAGCAUUAAUUUGUAUGUUUAUAUUUGGUGCACACAUCUUAAGUACGUUUGCUACACUUGUAUUGCAUAAUUGUCGUUUUUCGUUUGUCUUCGGUGGUUCUUUCAAAAUAAAAGAUUCAUUCCACGCAUUAUUUCCUGGCCAGUGUGGAAUUUGUCUGUUGUAUGUGGAGGACAGUAAUUCAUGUGGUUGUUUGUGGAUCAUCUCUCUCUCUCUCUCUCUCUCUCUCUCUCUCUCUCUCUCUCUGUGUGUGUGUGUGUGUGUUAUAAUCAUUACUACUGUUAGUGACUGUAGUAUGAAUAGAAUGAUGUUGACAAAAGUAGUAAUAGUAAUAGUUGUAGUAGUGGUAGGAAUAGUAGUAGUAGUGGUUCAUUUGUACCUCAAUAAACAUUUGUAUACAAGUUC